GAAAAGUUGAUUAUUUAAAAAUAUUGUUUUAAUUCGAAAAGCAAAAUGAAUAUGUUGUGGGCUGAUAAAUAUCGUCCUAAGGACCUAUCAAGUGUAGAUUACCAUACAGAGCAAAGUGUGAAUUUGAAAAAUCUUACAAAAGAUGGUGAUUUUCCCCAUUUGCUUAUAUAUGGUCCAUUGGGGGCUGGUAAAAAGACUCGAAUUAUGUGUUUAUUGAAAGAGUUAUAUGGUGCUGGAGUAGAAAGAUUAAAAAUGGAAAUGAUGCAUUUUACCACUCCUUCAAACAAAAAGUUGGAAAUUAUGACUUUGAACAGCAAUUAUCACAUAGAAGUAAAUCCUAGUGAUGUAGGCAUUUAUGACAGAGUUGUGGUUAUGGAUAUAAUAAAAAAUGUUGCACAAAGUCAGCAGUUGAAUGUUAAUGCCCAAAGAGAAUUUAAAGUUAUAGUACUUACUGAUGUAGAUGACCUCACAAAAGAUGCCCAACAUGCCUUGAGAAGAACUAUGGAAAAGUAUAUUGCAAACUGUCGUAUUAUACUUUGUGCAACAUCAAUAUCGAGGGUAAUACCUGCUAUUAGAUCUCGUUGUUUGUGUAUUAGAGUACCAGCACCUUCAGAGGAAACUAUAAUUAGUAUAUUACAAAAUACAUGUAAAAAGGAAGACCUUCAGUUACCUACAGAGUUAGCAAAAAGAAUUGUUGAAGUAUCUAAUAGAAAUUUAAGACGAGCACUACUAAUAUGUGAAGCUUGCAAAGUUGAACAAUACCCAUUCACACCUAAUCAAAAGGUUGCUGAACCAGACUGGCAAUUAUUUAUAAAGAAAACUGCAAAUAGAAUACUACAAACGCAAAAUAUUGAGACAUUAUCAAAAGUACGAGAAAAUCUAUAUGAGUUACUUAGCAACGGGAUUCCUUCUGAUAUUAUAUUUAAGACACUUUUAGAGGAACUUUUAAAAAAAUGUGAUUUUUCUAUCAAAGCUAGAGUUGUAGAAGAAGCUGCAAUUCAUGAACAUAGGAUGGUUCAAGGAAAUAAAGCUAUCUUUCACUUAGAAUCAUUUGUUGCAAAGUUUAUGUACAUUUAUCAAAGCAUGAUGCAAGAAAUGAUGGGAGAUUUUUAAUAAAAUUUGUACUGUUUUAAUCUUUUGUAUUUUCUAAUAAAAUAA